GCAGGGUUCGUACGGGUCAUGGAAAACCUGGAAAGUCAUGGAAUUUCGAAAAAAAAAUUCCAGGCCUGGAAAGUCAUGGAAUUUCGAUCAGAGUCAUGGAAAGUCAUGGAAAAUUGUUAUAAUUUGACAUUUUGCAAAAACCGAGAUGAAAAUAAAGAAAAUUCCUUGCUUUCACAAGUUUUUGUUUAAUAAACUAUUCCUUGUUUACGUGUUUGCAACGACAAACGCGCAUUUUUCCCCCGAUACCGUGUGAUACGUUUUUGCUGAGACCUGGGGCCGAGUCCCAGCAUCGCCAUGCGACCAGGCCUGCCACGAGGUAAAGAUGAGCUUGAGCGAUCAUUCAAGCAGAUUUAAUAUAUAAUGCCUGGAAAAUGCAAAUUCCAAGAUGCUUGGCUGAGUAACCCGCAGUAUAAUAAGUGGAUAGAACGCGGGAGUUCUUCGUCAGAGGCAAAAUGUAAAGCAUGCAAAAAGACAUUCGCUGUUCAAAAUAUGGGAGAAGCAGCAGUGAAAAGCCACAUGAAAUCGAAGAAGCACGUCGAUGCUGUUAAAGACGAGAGUAGCAAUGCCAGCCUCAGAAACUUUUUACCUGCUGUUGGAAGCCAGCGUGGUUCACAUGAAGUAGGACGCUCUGAACAGCCAUGUUCUUCCGGUGCCGGUGAUAUAAGAAAUUAUGUGGCUUCAAAUGAGACACUUGCUGCAGAAGUUUUGUGGGCACUGAAAGUAAUCUUGUCUCACUAUAGUUACAAGAGCUGUGAGGACAUUCCAGAACUAUUUAAACGUAUGUUUCCGGACAGCCAGAUAGCCAGCAAGUUUUCCUGUGGCGAGAAAAAAUGUGCUUACUUAGCUUGUUUUGGCAUAGCACCCUAUUUCCAACGUAAGCUUACGGAUGAAGUCACAAAACUUGAAUUGUUUGUUUUACUUUUUGAUGAAUCGCACAAUAAAGUUACCCAAACCAAGCAGAUGGAUCUGCAUGUUAGGUUUUGGGAUGCAAAGAACUCCAGAGUGCAGACAAGGUACCUAACCUCUGUAUUUCUGGGACAUGCUACAGCCGACGACCUUUUGGAAAAGAUCGUUAGCUACCUUGAUAGUAUCAAGAUUCAGAAGUCCAACAUAUUGCAGUUGUCAAUGGACGGGCCUAACGUGAAUUGGAAACUGCAUGAGCUAUUCCAGGAACUGAUCUCUGAGGUUGACGAAAACGCACCCAUCUUAGUUAACGUAGGCUCUUGUGGACUUCACAUUGUACACAAUGCUUUCAAAGCUGGAUCAAAGGCAUCUACUUGGAGCAUUCAGGAAGUUCUGUCUUCUCUUCAUUGGUUAUUUGUGGAUUCACCAGCACGAAGAGAGGAUUACACAGAAAUAACCAGCAGUGUUGUAUUUCCAAUUAAGUACUGCAAGCACAGAUGGCUGGAGAACCUGCCAGUUGUAGUACGGGCCCAGGAAAUAUGGAAAGAAGUCACUUUCUAUGUGACAACGGUGCAACGUAGCAGCAAAUAUAGUGUGCCAACUUCAAAGUCCUACAAGACGAUAAGAGAUUCAACCCAAGAUCCACUAAUGCCUCUCAAAUUUGCUGCUUUUGAGUCAGUGGCUAAACAGCUGCAACCAUUUCUGGUACAGUUCCAAAGCGACAGCCCUCUUCUACCAUUUGUGGCCAGCAGUCUAGAGAAGGUGAUUCGUGGUCUCAUGAAAAGGUUCGUCAAAGCUGAUGUACUCCAGGGUGCCAGCUCUGCAGUAAAGCUUCUGAAGAUUGACUUCAAGAAGAGGGAGAAUUGCCUUGACGUGGAGAAGUUGGAUGUUGGUUUUGUUGCUGCCACGAAGCUGAAAGAAUUGCAAGCAGCCAAGAAAAUCAGUGAUCGUCAGACAUAUGAAUUUAGGAAGGAAUUCCAGUCGUUCCUUACAGCUACAGUUGGAAAACUUAUUGAGAAGACCCCAAUUGCCUAUUCCCUUGCCAGGAACCUGUGCUGUUUGGAUCCGAUUCAUAUUGUGACAGAGAAAGAAGCAAGCUGUGCGAGGUUCAAGAUUGUCCUCAAGAAAUUGGUAGAAUGCAAGAGGGUUGAUAUUCAUGAUUGUGACAUUUUGUUGUCACAGUACAGUGAAUUUACGGAACGGGCUACACAGGUGCACAAGUCUGAGUUUGAAGACUUUGACUUUACAGAUCAGAGAUUGGAUGCAUUUCUCCAAAAACACAUUGGUCUUGUCGGUUCACUUUCCAAACUGUGGGACGUUGUGAAAUUCCUCUUGUGUCUCUCACAUGGGCAAGCAAGUGUAGAAAGGGGAUUUUCCGUUAACCGACAGCUAAUGAUUGAGAAUAUGAAGGAGACCACUUUCGUUGCCCAACGCACCAUUCAUGACCACAUAUUGAGUAUUGAUGGAUUUCAUAAAUUGGUCAUUUCGAACGAGCUUCUUACCUCUGCUAAAGCAGGAAGACAGCGGUAUCACGCCCAUCUUGAAGAGCAGCGACAGCUUGCGAAAAAUGUUGCCAAAAGCCACAAACGAAAAUCUGUGGAUGAAGCAAAAGCUGAUUUCCAGAAGAAAAAGAAGAGACUUGAAACAGAGAUCACCACCUUACAGUUUGAUGCUGACAAAUUAGCUAAAGAGGCUGAGGUGAAGAGGCAGCUCGUCUUGUUAACCGAAUCAAAUGCACUCAGAAAUGCAGCAAAGGAGAAGAAGAUAGAACUAGAAAACUUAAACAAGGAAUUGGAAGAGUGUGAUAAAUAAGUCCGAGUGACAACCUGUCCAAAAGUACUGCUUUCUUGAAGUUAUUUACCAGAAUUGCAAGCAUUUAACCAUUGAACAAAUAGAUUUGUUCAUACAAGGAUGCACUCAUAUAUUUUUCUAUAUUGUAGAUGAAAACUGAAACCUCAUACUGCAAUUGUGAACACUGAAACAAUGACUGUAUUGUAAGGAAAUUAAGAUUUUAUAGUUCUGGGCUGUACAGGUUUUGUUAGGAAAUUAAGUCUGGAUUAUACAGUUUUUGUUACGAAAUUUUAAAAGAUAUAGUUCUGGAUUGUACAGAUUUUGUUAGGAAAUUAAGUCUGCAUUGUAUAGAUUUUGUUAGGAAAUUUUAAUAGAUAUAGUUCUGGACUGUACAGUUUUAUAAGGAAAUUUUAAAAGAUAUAGUUCUGGACUGUAAAGUUUAUCUUAGGAAAUUUAAAAGAUAUAGUUCUGGACUGUAAAGUUUAGUAAAAAAGUAUCUGUUUACGUCGUGUUGUUGCACUUGUGUCAUUUUGUUGCACGGAAAUAAAGAUUCCGUGUUAUACGUAUGAAUUUAACUGGUCUUAGCAUCUUCUUCUUUUCUACAAUUUGGUUAACAUGCAAGGAAAAAACGAAUUGAUGGUACUGUAAGUAUAUAUUGAGAAAAAUAAUUUGAACAAUUGGGUCAUGGAAAAUCGGAAAAGGUCAUGGAAA